CUCACAUGAGCUGAUGUUUGCACCCAACAAAAUUACAUGCACUAACCUCCUAACGGUAGUGCAACUUAUAAGUGUAAUUAGUUCCAAAAGAGGGUAUUACAUACUAAUGUCAAAACCAUAACCAUGCCAAUCCAAUGUCAUUUGCAGUACUGCCUCUGGGAUCAUUUCAAGGAGCUCGACUCGAUGCAGCUGAUCAGAUCAAUGCACCUAUCCAAGUUUGUGGCGGAGAUGGUUGCUUCUUUUAGCCUUUCACUUGCUAUAUUAAAGGUUAUUGAUCUCAGCGAUUCUUCACAACUGACUCCAAAAAGAAUCAUGCAUUUCCGGAUGCUAUUCGAGACCAUCUUGGAAUUUCCUGAAAAGCUUGUGUGGAACAUUUUUACUCGAAUUGCUGUUAUGCCAGAGUAUGAAUCCCUUCGAGAUGGGAUUGUCUUGUUUAUCCGCAAGUACGUUGUGGAUGACCAAAAGUCUCUGGCAGAUAAAUUCAAGAUUGCAAAGAAAGCCCUUAACAAUGUUGAAGGAGUUAUCAUGUAAGUCUCUGCAUAAUGUAUUCUAGCUUUAGGAUUUUGCAGGAAUGGUUAGUUACUGGAAUGUUAUUAACCCAUUUUUGGUAGAGGGUUUUCUUGAUUUCUGAAAUCAUUUAUUUAACCAACUUACAUAGGAUAUAUGUGACGAGAAUUUCAGUAUAGAAGUGUCCUAGCUAGGUGACUUCCAACUUUGGAAUUGCAUAAUGUCUCACUUGUGAACCUUUCUCAGGAGCUCAUAUUUGAUUCCAGUCACAGCCUACUACUUUUUAAUUA